AUGAUCAGCUGCGUCAACGACACGCCACCUGCUGCUGCUGGCCUCGACCAGUUGGAUGUGACUCUGGGUGGCCUCAUUAGUCAGCUACAAAAAUCCUUCCGCACACUGGAACAGUCAGCCAACCUCUGCCUGAUCUCACUGGCCGUCUCUGACCUCAUGUUCUGCAUCUUCGCUCUGUUGACCAUGUUCCUGCCGGCAGACAACGUCUACGAGGAACACGGAAUCUUGCUCAUCUACGGAGUCUACAGCGCCGCCAUCAUCAACGUCUUUAUCAUGGACAGCACCAUGUUGACCGUGGCCAUGUCGCUGGAGCGUUAUCUGGCAAUCUGCUUCCCGCUCAGACAAGACAUCUACUUGACAACACGGAGGAUUAAGUUCGUUAUUGUGUUCACUUUCAUUUUUUCUGUUGUCUUCAACAUCCCGGUUCUGUGGAGACAGGAAAUCGUUACGUUCUGCAUCGACUGGUCAAAUGAUAUUCACAGCAACACAAAUAUGACCGAAGGCAACUCGAGUUUCAGAUUUGCCGAUUACAAGAGCGAGGGAAAUGUUCAACCUCUUUGGGAUGUCGUCACGACGGUUACGACAUCAACUACAACUCUAUUUCCGGCUGUAGUCAACGCGUCCUUGACGACACCUACUAAUAUUCCUUGCAACAAAACAACCCCCAGUGUGUCGACAUCUCAUGUAUUCUCCAUCAAUCAUUCCACAACAGAAACAAUAUCCAGGUUACCUCAGACAUCGACAGUAUCUCGGCCUACGGAACCAGGGUUCUCCUUUCAGAAAUCAGAACCUGACAAUUCCGGAAUAAAAACACUUUACACGACAAGAAUUGUUCCGUUUGCAGGAAAUCAAAUUUACGACAACGCGUACCGGCUUGUUUGGGCUUUUGUUGGCAACUUUAUACCACUUCUUUUACUUCUGUAUUUUAACGUAUGUUUGUUUCGCAAAAUUUACCGCUCCUACAAAUUACGGAAGCAGCUAGGAAGGCAGGAUCGGACUAAAAGUUCCUCCCAUGUUUUGACAAUUACACUGGUGGCUAUAGUUGUUCUCUUCUUUAUACUGGUGGCCCCUUCGGAGGUGACGCUGCAGAUUUCCUUCCUGACAAACAGUCAGGAUACGCCCAUGUUGAAGAAUAUAGAAGCGGUAUUGAACUUAAUGCAGUCGAUCAAUUUCUCCGUUAAUUUUAUCCUGUACUGCAUUAUCAGCCCCCAUUUCAGAAAGACGUUGAAGUAUAUGAUGCUCUGUGGAUGUUAUCGUUUCUAUCAGGUGUCCAAGACGUGGAAGAAGGACUUUGAAACCUCACU